GGUGAAGACUGUUACUAUAUGUAGUGAACCGGUCUUCGACUUAUACCAACUGAAGAAGAGCAUUCAGGGGAGAUAAUGGAGUAAUGACCUAAUUCUGGAACGGUUGCGAAGAAAAACAAAUAAUGCGAGAAUAUUUAGUGCGAUUCGCUACACAAUUAUGAUGUCAUUGAUAUAACUUUUUCUGAGAUGGCUGAAGCAGGAAGUAUCAGAUGUAAUGAUUCAGGUCGGAUCUCAGCACAGGGCAGUUUGUUCAGUCGCCAUGAUCUAUGGGGAAUUGCCUCUUCAGAGACAUGCACAGCGAUGAACUGGCUGGGCUAUGGACCGGAGAUUAGACAGGCGCGGAGGGACGCCUACACAGACCGUGAUAGGAUGGUGACUGAGCGGGCGCGUGGUGAGGUAAUGCAGAUCACUACAGGUAGCAAAGGCGAGGGACUUACCUGUUUUCUAGAGAAUGAUAGAGACGUAAUAUUUGCAUCAACACGUGUCAUCUGCUUAGAAGAAAAUGUUGAUGCUUGUGAUUUUUCUAAGGAGACAACCGUAUUCAGAUCUUACAAUCGUGUGUGUUACCCUGGACACUGCAUACUGCGACUAAAGAGACGUGGUACAACUAGAAUUUCUGCACUUAAAAAUGCAUUGUGUGAUAAUGGAUAUGGUCGUGUUUUUCUGAGCAGUAAGGUAUAUCUAAAAGCCAUGGGGAUAGAUAAACCUAAGGCAAACACGCAAAAACAUCCCCGUGCCGGUCCGUCAGUACCAAGAUCAUAUUACGGAACAUUGCACACGGACACAGUACCCGCACUUCGCUAUUACUGUCCCAGCAUCCUGACAAAAUGGGCGGCUAGAACUCGCACGUGGCCGCCACCAAAGGUCGUUCAGGACGUAGUAUCACUUGGAGCGUUUUUAACUCCUGUCGGAUGUAAAUGCAGCGAAGUUAAAGAUUUUGAAUGGAGAAUUUGUUUCAACACCGGAGAGAUCGAACUGGUAACAAAUCUUAAUGACACACAGGUUAAACUGUAUGUGUUAUUAAAAAUGCUUAAGAAAGAUGUAUUAAAACCAAGGAAGAAAGAGAUUACAUCCUUCACGUUAAAAAACUUAGUAUUUUGGCUAGCAGAGAAACACCCACAAGCAUUGUUUCAUGAAAGAAGUUUAUUUCACUGGCUGCAUGUAGGAUUGGAUGCGCUGAGAGUAGCUAUCGACACAAGAGAGCUUCCAUACUAUAUGAUUCCAGAACGUAAUCUGAUGGAAGGUUGUGAUAUGGAUUGUGAGCAUCAACAUAUGUGGAUAUCAACGAUUCAGGACAUGAUGGAUGAAGGUCCGAGGGUUAUACUGCGACUGCCAAAGAUACGACAAACCAUUAUAGCUCACCCGGAGCCACUGCUGUGGUAUAGCAGGAGAAGAACGGAGCUGGAGUUGCUGUAUUUGAUGGACAUGAACAGAAGAAUGCAAUGCAGGGAUAAAAACUGGGUGUAUGACACAAGAGAUGUUAUUUUUAAGACAAUUAAGAGACGUAAACACGAGAUAACGUACCAAGUCGGACUGAGGAUGUAUAUAGAUGGGAGUAGCGUUAAUAGUUUGAAUGAUGUGUGGCAAAGUUUGUUGAUGUAAAACGAUUAAAAUGAUCACGCCUAAAUUUAAAUAGCGCAACUAAAUUUGCAUAACUAGUACAUUGGUCCAUUGAAGUAACAACGGAUAUACAUGUAAACAGUGUUGUUGAUUGAUUUUGGGUUGUAAUUUUAUUUAAUUGUUGUUUUAGUUUAUCUCCGUGCAAGUAUAUUACAUGUGUGCACAACAGUUUCACACAAAAAGUGAACUCGUAUGAUGUAUAUAUCAUAACACAAGACAAAUAUGUAGGCUAAAAAUGUAAAUGAGAAACACACGAAAUACUGAUGCUGCAACGAUUUAGAACAUUUUAACAUAACUACAGUGUUACAGUGAAAACGCUGAGCUAUAAUAUUUGUUUACCAUUUUAUUGUAAGCCCAUUUACAAGCUGAAGUCCUCCCAGGUAUUUGUGAAUGCGUUUGAAAACAAAACGCUAAUCUGCUAUUACUGGUUUGGCUUUGAGUGUUUAAGUUUAAAGAUAAACACACAGAAUUUUUAAAAACAGAUAAACAUCUGGUUAUUUGUUUGUACUGACACGCCAUUUAGGGACUAAUAUAUUGAUUAUUUUAAUAAUUCGGAUAUUUGAAAAAAUUAAAGUAAAACAAAGAUUCUGCCUAAUAACACGUUCUGUAUAAGCUAUAAAUAAUCAUGCAUUAAUCUAUGUUUUAUUUAUAUAAAACGCAUGUUACAUAUAUGUAUUUGCGUUGUUAAAAAUAAUAUCAGUGUGUUUGAAUGAGCGUAUGUAAGCAAUAAGUAUUGAUACUAUGUGCGCUUAUGUAUUGAUUUACGUAGAAGUAGGUUUAUUGAUAACUAAAUACGUGUCGUUGUUAACAUAGCUUUACAUUUCUUUUAUCAUUUCGUUUUUUGUUUUGCGUUGUAUAACACUGUAUAUGUAUUGAAAUUGCUAUCUUUGUCGUCGCAUUUGAGUAACUGAUGAAUAUUUUGUUUAUGUUUCUUCGUUUGAUAUAUUUAGUGCGUCUGUCGCUAUUGAGUAACCUGAAAUGCAUUCAUCUUUUAAGUAUACUAUAUAUGUUAACGUAUUGAUGACAUUAUCACUAAUUUUGAUAAAUGCAUCACUGCAGGGUUAACAAUUUAUUCAUCUAAACACACAUGAGCUAAUGUUGAUUAACUAACGAAUCCAGUCUAAUAAUAUACAAAAUCCUACAAACAUAUUUGUUUAAUGUUACUCUAUGCUAACAUUAAACAGUACCGGGGUAUUUUAGUUGUUUUAACUUGAAACUGUUUAAAUAAGGUUAAUAUUAAUGUUUAAACUAUUAAAUUUGUUAUAAAGUGUAAAAAACUACAACUUGUGUUUCAACUAAGACCAAACCAUAUUCCCUCAGGUCAAACUGUUUAAUCAACAUUUUUGUUAUUAAAAUAAUUUUAAACCUUUCCAAAACAUACAGUGUUGAAAUGAUGCAUGAAGUUCACUUUAGCGAAGUCAAAAUUCAAACAAGCGCAAAAAACAUUUAUGUCCAAAGUCAAAUAUUCCCCUGUCGUUUACAUCACAGAACACUACUUGUACGUUGCAAGGUUUUGGUGAGUAAUUCCUACCUUAUUUGUAUAGGUACCACGCAAAUAUAUUGUUUGUUAGUUUAUGAGUGUACUAUGAACUAUCAAUCAUGUUCAUGUAUUUAAACAUGCGUCGUUUGAGAGGAAUGGUUAUUAGUUAUUAUGCUUUAUGAUUUUAUUAAUAUACACAGCCUUCGUGUGGCGUGUAUUUAGUUAAAAAUGGCUUUAUUAAACAUUGUAGAGGACCUCUACACAAUAUUACACACCAAAACGUUACCUUGU